AGAAUUUUGCAUAGUGUCAAUGCCAGAUAUCUUGAGAUCUUGUGCUGGUGCACGAUCUGGCGACAUUGGGGAGAUGAUAGAACACUCCUCCCAUAAAAUCUCUCUUGAUCACAUCCCUCAAUCUAAGUAAACAACCAUGUGCCGAACUACCACUAAAUGCUGCACCAAGGCUGCCACCAAGAUGGCAGUGAAGGCUCACUCCACAAAGGUCCACAAUGCGGCUAAUAAGAAGGUGUCCAACAAGUCCGUUCGAUUUUCGGACUCGGACAACAAGGUCCAGUUUCGCCAUGCCCCCAAAGAAGAGCUCCAAAUGGCAUGGUACCAGCCCCAAGAAUACAAAGUCUUUCACUACGAUCGACUGAGCACCAUCCGUACCCUGCGACACGCCAAGGGAGACCUGAGUGUUCUGGAUCCCAAUAGCCAAUGUGUGCGGGGCCUGGAAAUGAAUGCCACUCCCGAAAUCUUCAAGUACAGAGCAUCGGGGAUCAAGACAACCAUUCGAAGUGUCUUGCAGCACCAACAUGUGCAGCGUCAGAUUGGGCUCAAAGAUCCAACAUCCUUGGGAAUGGUCUCCAUGGUCAAGUCCACGGCAGCCCGUCAUUUGGCGGCUGCUCUGGCUUUGAUUGAUGAGCAGAGCCUGUAAUGCCACACUGCCUAUAUUUCCUUCUUCCAAGUCCUCCUCCUCUUCCUGCCUUGGCAAACACAAUUUUGUUUAUACUUUUUCCAUUUUAUUAACCUGCUACUAGCUCAUGCAUACCAUAUUAGUACUACUCUC